CAAACAGCAGCACAGUUCAAUUAUCAUCAGCAACGAAUUAUUUGGUUUCAUUUUUUUUUUCUUUUCUCCCUUUUUCCCUUUGUAUGUGAUUACAGAGCAGAGCCACUGUGCAGAAGGUCUUCGUCUUGGUUUUUUCCCUUGAAAGAAUGGGUACCAAAAGCCGUACUAACUGUUUCUAUGCUCUCUUCUUCCUCUUUGUCCGUUUUCAAGAUUUUGUGCAGGGAAGGUUAUUAUUAAUCAAUAAACCUGACCCCAAUGAUCCUGCUGCAUCGGCUCGUUGGCUGGUCUCUCAAAAUUCUUGGGGUGUCUUAAAUACCAUUUCAAGUGAUCUGGGAGGAGCACCAUUUGGGAAUGUUGUUUCAUUUAGUGAUGGACUGCCUGGUGAAGGUAGUGGCGUCCCAUACUUUUAUUUGACAACUCUUGAUCCAACUGCGAAAAAUGCAUUACAAGACCAGAGGUCGUCAUUUACUAUCAGCGAGUACCCUUUGGGAACUUGUGGAAAGAAAGACCCUGAGAACCCCUCUUGUGCAAAAAUAACGUUGACCGGAAAGUUGAAGGUACUAAAAGAAAAUUCUAAGGAAGCAGAAAUAGCUAAAAGCGCCCUGUUUGUGAAGCAUCCAGAGAUGAGGGGUUGGCCUAAGGGUCACAACUUCCAGUUCUUCAAAUUAGACAUCGAGGAUAUAUUCUUGAUCAAUUGGUUUGGUGGUCCUAAGCCUCUCACAGUAGAUCAGUAUCUACAUUAUAAAGUGAAUGGACUUGUUGAUAGUUUGUGAAUGCCCUAGUGAUCUCUCUCUCAACAUCUUUGAACCUGUGUUUUCUACUGAGGCAUUUCUUUUUCCCAAACAUGGUCGUGCAUAUAUAUACAUAUACAUACCAAUUACAGGAAUGGACUUGUUGAUAGUUUGUGAAUGCCCUGGUGAUCUCUCUCAACAUCACGGAUGCCAAAUGCGCAUCCUGAACCCACUGUAAACAAGAACGGAUAAUUGUUGUAUUAUUUGUUUUACUCGUUGUAAUCAUACCCCAUUCUAUUGACUAGCAACUGUAACAAGCUGAAUUACAUCAUUUGUUCACAAUAAUGAUUGACGAUAUAUUUCAUCCGUGUUUCUUUCA